AUGGCCACCUCCAAGCCGGUGGUGCGACAAGUGGACAUGGAGGCCGACAUGUUGGAGUUCGCCCUGACCCGCACCAUGCGUUUUCCGGCUCAAGGAGCUCUCAAAGAGAGCUCAGGUUUCCCCCUGAGGCCUUGGCUCCCGAGCGAUGAGCUCACUGGGCAGCUGAUGGGCCUGCUGGAGGAUGCAGGCCGUUCCAACUCCAAGGCCCGGGGCGCCGAAGGCUCCGCUUCGCGGCGGGACUCUUCCUUCCCGGCCACUCCCAACUCGGAGGAUGCAACAAGGCGGCAGCGUCGGCAGGAGUUGAAUGCCAAGGUCCAGGCAGCCCGGGCACUGCAGCUGGCGAGGCAGCACGAGAUCCGCGUGGGCGAGGAGUGGAGCGAGCUGCUCAAGGUGCCCUCGAACCGGACUCCCGAUGCGAUGAUGAACUUCUGGGAGGAGGUGAAGAUGCGGCUGCUGAAGCGCUUCGGCAGCCUCCACGCGGCCAUUCAGAGCAGUGGCGAGUCCUCGGUGAGCUUCUUGAAGUUCUCGGAUCUCCUGAAGGCCAUCCACUUCCCCUUGAACCAGAGCACCUGCCGGCACCUCUUCGGCCAGGUCUGCGGAGGGCAUCGGGAAAUGCCCGUGGACUCCUUCAAGGCGCUGCUCAUGGAGAGGACCAUCCAGUCCAUGCGCUUUGUGAUGGAGGGCUGGAACGGCAAGCAGGUGCGGUUGCAAAGCCACAUCCGCAGCUUCAUCAGGCGCCUCUGCGAGGUGAGCACGGACUUUCGCGCCCAGGCCGUGGACCGCUUCCAGCGGAAGCUGCAGGGCAGCUUCCUGCGGGACUUCUGGCAGCUGCUCUUGAAGCGACUCGGAAGCACGCGGUCCGAAGACCUCACGGUGACCACGUCCUCCCUGCUUCGGGUGCUGGUGGACCCCGAGGCCACAUUGAUCUUCCAGGACCACGAGGUGCUCUACAUGCUCCGGAUCUUCGAGCGCAUGCAAACCUUUCGCCGUAGCCUUGGCCUCCUGGAAAACGCUUUGCCGCUCUGCCACUACUUGGCAGGUUUGGCCCUGGUGAGCGGCAUGACGAAGCGAGAGAAGCUGACGCUGAUCUUCGAGGCCUUCGACAGCGAUUACGACCACUGCCUCCUCUACAGCCAGGUGCACGAGAUGUGCCAUUGCAUCUGCGUCCUCAAGGCCAGAAGCAUAGAGAGCGCUUUGCCCCGGGGCCGCCCCGCGGAGGACCACUUCCAGGCCGAGCUCUCGCAGCAGGAGGGCUUGCGCUGGUACGAGAGCAUCCGCUGGCACCUGCAGCGAAGCGGAUCCGUUCACGGCGACAUCGUCAGCUUGCCGGAGCUCUUCGAAGCCUUGGACACUCAGCCCGGGCUCUUGCUGAUGCCAGGCGUCUGCCGCAUCCGCUGGGCAGCCGAGGCCGCUCCCGGAGAGGACCUGGAGGAGGCCGUCAGAGCAGCCGCCGCGGAGCUGCGCCAGGCCCGACGAAGCGGCGCCCAGCCGUGGAUCUCUCAAAGCUCCGCAAAGGAGGCGCCCUGCCGUCACUGCCCGGACGUGCAGCACCUUUGGCAUACUGCAGGCAACGAAGCUAUCGCCAAAGGUGUCGAGGAAACCGAGGAAGCCGAGAUGGAUUGGCGAAGCUUCGAGAAAGGACCUCCUUGCGGGAAGCACAGUGAGUCCUACAUCUUCAAGACCGUCUUGACGGAAAGGUUUGCCAAGUCUCUGCGAGACCUGGGGAGCCAACGCCUGGUGCGCGCCGCGGGGAAGCCAGGCCUGGCCUGGGAGCACCGCUGGCUGCAGGAGCAGCUGACGCAACCCGCGCCGUCCGUCCUCGAUCUUUCCCCGGCUCCGGCCCGUGUGCCGAGCCUCGCCCGCGCUUCCUCGGCGCCCUCCCUGGCCGCUCCCAAGGCGGCGGACGGCGGACGCGGCGGCCCGGGGCCCUUUCUCGCCUUCUGCGGCACCGCCGCCGCCGCGGCUGCAGACCGCGUCAGGUGCUACCAGGAAAGACCUCCGGCAAGGGCCUUGGAGCUUUCUUGGGGGCCCCCUUUGGCUUUCGAGGCAGCGGAUCGCUUCCGGAUCUAUGCCGCUGCAAACACCGGGGAAAGCCAGGACUUGCGUCUGCGUCAGAGGCGCGAUUUUACUUGCGGAAACUUGCAAGAGAGAGUCGGGGGCGCGGUGCUACCGCCGGAUCAGGCCCGACCCUGGGCAGAUGAUGCCCUACAAGCCGCAAGCCCAGCUCACGCUGUGGGACUUCUCUUGCCUUCUGGAAUUCCCCGGCCGUCCCCGUCCCCGUCACUGAGGUGCAAGUUGUGUUUGAGAUCCCACAAGCUCUGCCCCGGACACGACAUCUUGAAGUGA